AUGCUGCGGAUUGCCCCUUACACGUCUGUGCUGGUCAACGGGGUUUACUGGUCGCAGGAAUUCCCGCGCCUCAUAACCCUCCCGGACGCCAAGCACCUCUGCGAACCCGUCGUGGCGCCCUGGCUGGCACCAUGCCCCGGGGCGCCGACGUUACCCCACCGCCUGGUCGCCGUCUGCGACAUCUCCGCGGAUCUCGAUGGCUCCAUCGAGUUCACCGUGGAUUGCACCACUAUUGACAACCCGUUUUGGAUCUACGACCCCGUUCAUCACACGACCCAUCAGAAUGGGCUCAUGGCCCCGGGUUUCCUCCUGUGUUCCAUUGAUAACAUGCCGACGCAGUUGCCCAGAGAAUCGACGCACUUUUUCGGCGAGCUCUUGUUGCCGCACAUUUACAGCAUUUUGCAGUCGGAUGCCAAAAAGAGCAUGGAUGACACGCAUCUCUCACCGGAAGUCACUUCUGCUGUGAUCACUAGUAACGGGAAGUUGACCCCUGGGUUCCAGUACAUACAAACCCUUCGCCAAAACAACGCUAUUCAGUCAAGACAGAAAGCCGGCGUGCCCAUGGCUGAAGCGAGGCACAAAGUCUUGCUCCUCGGGGCAGGGUUUGUCAGUGGACCUUUUGUGGAGUACCUGACCAGGGACGGUGAAGUCAAAGUCACUGUUGCAAGCACCGUGAAAGAACAAGCGGAUUCGUUGGCAAACAAGUAUCCCAACACGGUGCCGAUUCAUCUGAAUGUGCAAGAGGCUUCGGAGUCCCUGAAUGCCGUAGUCAAAGAGCAGGACGUUGUCGUGAGUCUCUUGCCGUAUCACCUGCAUCCGAUCGUGGCCAAGUGUUGCAUUCAACACCAGAGAAACAUGGUCACUUCGUCGUAUUGCUCACCUGCUAUGCAAGCAUUACACGACAGAGCUGUGGAUGCCGGGAUCACGAUAGUGAACGAAGUUGGACUCGACCCUGGCAUAGAUCAUUUGCUUGCCAUGGAAUACAUUGACAAUGUCCAUUUGAAAGGAGGCAAGAUUGAAAGCUUCGUGUCCUACUGUGGAGGGUUGCCAGCUCCAGAACAUUCAGAGAACCCAUUGAGGUACAAGUUUUCCUGGAGUCCAAGAGGAGUCCUGUUCAAUGCUCUCAGUGGGGCCAAAUAUGUCUUGGACGGGAAGAUCAUUGAGGUUCCGCCCGGAGCCCUGAUGAGUUCUGCUGAACCCGUCCGGUUCCUGCCGGGUUUUGCUCUGGAAGGAUACCCCAACAGGGACUCUCUCAUUUACCAAGAAAUGUAUGGAAUUUCUGAAGCCAAGACAGUGCUGAGAGGAACAUUGCGAUACUUCGGUUUUGCUGAGACCAUGAAUGCUUUGGUGAAACUUGGCAUGAUCGAUUCCAACAGUCAUCCGGAUUUUCACGCGCAUGGACCCGACCUUUCUUGGCGCAAGUUUGUCUGCGAGCAAAUCGGGAAAAGUGAGGACACGUUGUACGAAAAUGUCAAAAAGGAACUCGAAAAUGUGGUUGGUUCCGCCAAAAUCGUGGAUGCACUUGAACAACUCGGCCUUCUUUCUGAAGACCCUGUUGACAAAUUUGAUUCGCCCUUGGACACGCUUUCAAAUUAUCUGUCCAACAGACUGAAACUAGGACCACAAGAUAGAGACAUUGUAAUUUUGAGACAUGACAUUGGUGUGAGAUGGCCUGAUGGAAAAUUGGAGAAGAAGGGCAUCAACUUGGUCUGCUAUGGGGAUGUUGGAGAGCAAGGCUUCACAGCUAUGGCUAAAACAGUUGGAUACCCUUCAGCAAUUGCCACAAAGAUGGUUCUAAAUGGUGAAAUACAGGGCAAAGGGAACGUGUUGCCAUUCACACCCGACAUCUAUCGACCAAUGUUGACUCGGUUGAACCAAGAAGGCAUUUGUCCAUACGAGUCAUGAGAUCAAAUGAAAGGUUUAGACAAAUGAUAGAGUUUACAUUUCUAGUCGAGGAAUACUUCCUGAUGGAGCAUUUGUUGGAUGAUUAAUUUUAAGAAAAUGCCAUUAUUUGCAAGAGGACAAACGUCAAUGAUUCUCUCUUCAUGUUCUGUCUCGAAAUCUGCAGUUGCCUCAACUAUGUAAAUCCUGAGAGAAAAUUCUCAUGACAUCUUUUGAAUUUCUGAAAUAAAUGUGAAAUUUCUUGCUUUCA